GACAUUGAUUAGUUCCACAUCUCCAACUGCAGAUGCAGAGCACUUCGAAUUCCAGCGAUCCGAUCGGACAACCGGAAACCGCUUUCCGGGUGGGGCAGAGAGUCCACUUCAUCGGGCAACCGAGAAGAAUCGGAACAGUCAAAUACGUUGGCGCUGUGGAGGGUUAUUCUGGUAAUUGGAUAGGAGUCGACUGGGAUGCCGACGGCGAGGGCAAGCACGACGGGUCUCACAAUGGUAUCAGGUACUUCACGGGCAGGGGUCCCAAUACGGCAUCGUUCGUCCGACCUCAUAAUCUGAGCACUGGCAUAUCGCUAUUAGAAGCGCUGGAAACUCGCUAUCGAACUACUUCUACUAAAGAAGAAGAAGAUGAGAUGUAUGUCCUUUCCACGAGAAACAAAAGAGUGUCUAUUGAGCUUCUUGGGAAGGAUAAAAUUGAAGACAAACUGAGUCGAUUUGAGGAGUUGAUGAGUGCAUCGUUAUCUUAUUUGGGGGUCAGUUUUCCUGGAUACCCUGACCAAGUCAGGUCAAAGCUACCUAAUCUGAAGGAGCUUGACUUGACUGGGAACCUACUUGCUGAUUGGGAAGAUGUUGGCAUUAUUUGCAACAGUUUGCCAGCUCUCACAGCUCUCAAUCUAUCCAAUAAUUCCAUGUCACCUGAUAUUACUAGCAUGCCCCAGUUGAGCAAUAUUCGCAUUUUAGUCUUGAACCAAACUGGAGUCCUCUGGAAGCAGGUGGAAGUUCUUAAGGAAUCACUCCCGCACGUGGAAGAGCUGCAUCUCAUGGGAAAUGAAUUAAGAGAAAUAUCGCCUGUGUCUUCAACUGUUGUCCAAGGAUUUAAUUCUCUGCGUCUUCUCAACCUGGAAAACAACUGUAUAUCUGCUUGGGAUGAGAUCGUAAAGCUCUCCCAGUUGCCUAGCCUGGAGCAGCUUUUCUUGAACGACAAUAAUUUAAAUCAUGUCUGGUACCCUGAUUGCGGUAAAUUGGAUGAACCAGACGAUGGGUAUGAGUCUCAUGAGAAAACUUUUAGGCCUUUCAAGAGUUUGCAUGGCCUUUCUCUGGGGGGCAACAAUAUUGAAGACCUGGAGUCUGUCGAUUCACUGAACUCCUUCCCUAACUUGAUGGAUAUUAGGUUGUCUGAUAAUCCAGUCGCGGAUCUAGCAAAAGGUGGUGUUCCGAGAUUUGUCUUUAUUGCUCGGUUGGCAAAGGUUGAAAUACUUAAUGGAAGUGAGGUUAGUCCACGAGAACGGAAGGAGUCCGAAAUUCGGUAUGUUCGCUUGGUCAUGUCAAAGUUUCAUGGUCCUCCUGAAGAAAUUAGGAGGCUCCAUCCUAGGUUUGAUGAGCUUAAAAAGAUCCACGGGAUUGAGGAUGAAAAACCAUCAACAGUGACACCAGGCCCUCAAAAAAUGGCUUCAGGAUUAAUUUCUAUUUCCUUGAAGUGUGUUGGAGCAUCAAUGGGUGAAAUGCCCCCACUGGUGAAAAAAUUGCCUGCAACCACUACGGUGGGAAAGCUGAAGAACCUGUGCGAGAGUUUCUUCAAGUUAAAGUCCAUUAAGCCAAUACUGUAUCUUCAAGAAGAGGGUUCACCCUUGCCUACAUUGCUUGAUGAUGAUAUGGCAUCUCUUAUAGAGCUUGGAAUUGGCAAUGAGUCCACCAUCCUCGUAGAUGAACUCUCUUGAUGUUCAGCACCUCUAUGCAAAAGGUCUAUAUCUGACAUUGCACUAAAUCAAGGAUGCAUGGGUUAACUGGUUUUCGAGCUGGCAAAAUACCAAGCAUGGUGAAGAAGAGCUGUGUUUUUGCCAUUCCCGGAUUAAGAUAGUAUCUCUAUAUGUACUUCAUAAACGUGACGUGCAUUUUUCUUUUAUUUAUCAAAUACACCUGACAAGGGUUGUACAACCAUAAAAUCCUACAAAUCUCUGUUAAAUCUUGCUAUUUCAAUUGAA